CUCCAGGCUUGCCCAGGAAGCCGCGACUCACACAAUCGUAACAAUCGAGGAGCGAUCAUCAGCACAGCAAGAAUCCACAGCAGAUGAUGCGACAGGCAGAUUACUCUGCAGGAGGCAGUGGGAGUAGCGCUUCUGCUGGCGGCCACGCAUCGCAGAACAUCCAGGCUUCAAAUCGGCCGGUCGUGCCCAUCGUAUCGCAACCUCUAAGCAGACCCAUCGAGUUACCACCACAAUAUCGUCCACGCAAGCCACGAAAACAGGUCAACGUUGCUUGUCAGCCUUGUCGAAAACGUAGAUCAAAGUGCACGGGCACGGCGCCAUGCUCUCGAUGCGUGGCAGAAGGCAACGAAUGCGUCUUUGAUGGACGAAAAGAUGCACAAGAACGUAACCGCGAACUUCGAAAUAGCGAAAAGGCCUUGUCAAAGAUAUUCCGCGUGCUGAAGAAACUCGAAUCCGGAGACUCGUCAUCGGCAGCCGCAUUUGCUCAAAUCCGCAAGUUGGCACACGACAGUGCCGAUUUCUCAAUAUUUUCUCGUGAACUCUUCAAUUUGGAUGAGAAGACGAGUGUGUUCGACUUUGCCGAUUAUGAUGGUGGAAGUGGGUCUGACGCUGUUGUACCGAAACGUGAACACGACUCUCAAGAAGCGGAAUGGACGAACAUAUCGCCAGCGCAGACUGUGGGUCAUGACUCUGCUCCAUUGUCGUCAAACGGAAGCAGACCAAGUCCGACAGAUACCCGUAUGAUCGGAAACACAAUGACGAAUUCAACACAUAGCUCCGCCAGUACAGCUCCUCAAGUUGGUCGACCUAACGUAGGCCUGACAUCUCUCUUUGGAAAUUUGCCAUUUUCUAGUGCAAUCAAAGCGAAUGGCUAUCCUGCCAACAUUCAGCUACAGCAACUGCAAAAUCUCGACAGCACUACUGAAUACAGCAUGCUUCCUCUCCACACAUUCGAGUCGGAAGCACUUGGCAGAGCAUACCUGAGCUUCAGGGAUGCAACACUGCAAAUGAUAGCCGACGGAAUGUCCGCUCGUGAGGUGUUGGGACCACGAGAUCACAUUAACCUCGACCUGUUCUUCCGUGAUCGUCGACCUGAAGACGGGCAUUCAGUCAACACCUUUGUUUGCGAAAUUAUGAAACCUCUUGCAAAUCCGGAUAUCAUUGCCAAGCUCGCGAGUAUCGUACUACUAGCGCCGAUGAUGAGAUGGAUCUUAUUUCCUACAUCGGAACACUACCGCAAGAUACCAGCACUCAUGCGACCCCUACCCAGUCAGCGAUUCGUCCCCCACAGCCCUGCCUUUGAUCUAGCACCACACCCAGCAACAAGAGGCGCCCUAAUGAACACCUUCAGCGAAGACUGGCUAACACCAGAAAACCAAAUCAUCGCCGCCCCAGUCGUGAACUGGCCCCACGAACUGAAUAAAGCAGUCUGCCACGACCCUGUUGCAGGAUGUUUACGCUUUACGAAAGAGUUUGAAGAUCAUGUUGUUAAUGCUAAUAAUUGGACGUUUUCGAAGAGGGUAUUGGAGGUGUUUCCGGAUAUACAAGAGCAUGGUGCUGUCAUUGCUCCGAGGGUCGGUGAGGACUGUUAAGAGACUGAGGGGUGAGAGGAGGGAGAGAGAUGAUGAUGAAAAGUAACGGACGGAAGGAUGACAUGAACUUGAUUAUGUGGGAGGAAAUGUAUCACAGCGAAGUCAGCGAAUUGGUGCGGGACCAGAGAAGUGGGAAAGUAGGAAAUAAGCAGAAAACUUAUAUCCUGUCUACUUCGCUCAAAGAGAAGGAAGCGAUGCCGAAGUUGUUGGUAGCAAGUUUGAAUGUAUGAAUGCCAUAUUCUCACAUCCACAUUUCGGC